CCAUCCCAUCUUCACAAGGGACAAGAUCUCACGUCCUGUUCUUCUCAAGCGCAUCCAUUUCGACGCGCAUUGCCGCAUUCCACCUCAGAUCCAAAACUGUUUGAGAGUAGCAGGUGGGAAUAAUGAUGGGGGAAGUAGAAAACCUACAAAGUCUUGCAUACGAAGGGGUGGUUGUCCCAACGUGGAACGUGUCGACCGCCGUAAGGGAACCACCUGCGGUGUGGGCGGGUGGGAAUCAUUACCAUCACUGGUCGAACCCGAGCCGAAGAGCAUCCCCGAUGAUGAUGACGAGGACGAGCCCGCAGACUCGGAUGAAGAGGGCGAGCUACUGGACGAAAGGCAGAGCUGCGAAACCCCAGGGGAAAGUGACCCUUCAUCAUCUUGGGAUCCUGAAGUACUGGCCGUGGGUUGAGGAGAUGGAGAUCCUAAGUGGGGUGUCUCAAAAUCCGGCAGAGAAAUGAGAAAGUCCAAUGAAGUAGUUGUGCUUGCUUCGGCAUGAGUGGAAGAGUAAUACAUGUCCAUUUCCACAAAUUUUACAUGAUACCCGAUCCGCAUACGUCUACCAACUGGAUCAUAACACAUGUAGCCUUUGUGUUUGUCAUUGUAUCCGACAAACACACAACGAGUCACCUUGGGAACUAACUUGUGCCUUUCUUUCUUUGGUAACAAGACAUACCACGUACAGCCAACAACCCGAAGGAAUGAAUAGUCUGGCAGCCUGGAAUACAGAACCGGGUACGGAGAUUUCUGUCCUAGAAGAGGUGUGAUCUGACGGUUGAUCAAAUAAACAAUCGAGUGCACUGCUUCCACCCAAAAGCCUGUCGGAACACGGGAGUGGAAAAGAAUAGCACGGGUAAGCUCUAAAACAUGACGAUGUUUACGCUCAACCACACCAUUCUGCUGAGAAACGCCAGGACAUGACUAUUGUGGGAGAAUACCAGCCGACUUGAAGAACAGAAGGAGAUCAUUAGAGACAAAUUCUCCCCCAGGAUCGGAUCUGAAAAUCUUAACUGUCUUCCCAAACUGAGUACGAAUCAUCUGAAUAAACUCUCUGGCCACUGUUUCAAGUUCCGAUUUUCGUUUAAGAAAAUAGACCCGCGUAUAUCUGGUAGUGUGAUCAACAAACAAAGCAAAAUAUCUGAAACCCAGCCGAGAAGUGACCGGGGAGGGACCCCAAAGAUAUGUGUGAACCAGAUCAAAAUGAUUUUCAUAAAUCGUGUCACUAUCAGACAAGAUAGCCUGCGAUAACUUUGCUUCCACACAACUCACACAAUCUAAAACACCAUCUAACUUCGACAAAUUCAAAGAAUCCGGUAACAAAUUUUGCCGAAACAUAGUUUUAAGCCUACCCGAAUGCGGGUGUCCCAACCGACGAUGCCAUAAUUCCCACAAAGAGUUGCCAACUGAAAUAUGUGAACUGUAAGCAGAAGAUCCAACAUAAUCAACUAAACAAUUAUUCUGUAAACUCAAAUUCCCACAAGAAGACCCAUUUCCAACCCGGGGUCUGUAGCUUUCAAAAUUCAAGCUAAAUGGCCUUUCGAAAAAAAUCGUACAAAAAAUUAUGAAAAUAUCAUUCUUAAAUAUUUUUGCCCAAAUCUUUGUUUAAUGGACUUAAUCAUCGGCGGAGGAUAGGAUCAAUAGACUUCAUCAUUGGCAAAGAAUAGCCUCGGCCUGAAUUCGUGAUUUGUAGCCUUCAAAAUCAAAAGAAAUAGCAUUUCAAAAAAAUCGCCAAAAAUCUGUAAUGGUAUCCCUUUGGAAUCUGCCAAAAAUGGACCCAGAAGAAAUCCAACCAAAUCGGUGUGUAAUGGACUUAAUCAUUUGUGAAGAAUAGGCUCAGGAUGAAUCCGUGAUAUGUAGCCUUCAAAAUCCAGAGAAAAUGGCUUUCGAAAAAAAUUGGCCACCUAAUUUCGAAAAAGCCAUCCGAAAUAGCAUUUCAAAAAAAUCGCCAAAAAUCUGUAAUGGUAUCCCUUUGGAAUCUGCCAAAAAUGGACCCAGAAGAAAUCCAACCAAAUCGGUGUGUAAUAGACUUAAUCAUUUGUGAAGAAUAGGCUCAGGAUGAAUCCGUGAUGUGUAGCCUUCAAAAUCCAGAGAAAAUGGCUUUAAAAAAAAUUGGCUACCUAAUUUCGAAAAAGCCAUCCGAAAUAUAUUCGCCCAAAUCUGUUCUUAAUGUACUUAAUCAUCGGUGGAGAAUAGGAACAAUAGACUUCAUCAUCGAUGGAGAAUAGUCUUGGACCAAAUCCAUGAUCUGUAGUCAUCAAAAUCGAAAGAAAAUAAAAUUUCGAAAAAAUCGCCCGAUAUCGGUGUUGAACCCCUUUCGAAUUUGCCAAAAAUGUACCCGAAAUAAAUCGACCCAAAUCGUUGCUUAAUGUUCUUAAUCAUCGGUGAAGAUCAGCCUCAGACCGAAUCCGUGAUCUUGUAGACUUCAAAAUUCAAGAUAAAUGACAUUUCGAAAA